AUGAAAGUUAAAUGCAAUUUAUUAAGUGAAGAUGUUGAUAAUUUACAAAAAAUUAACUUUGGCGAUUCUGCUUUAGAUAUAAUUCAUUUAGAUUUAAGUGAAAAUCAACUGACCAAGUUAGAUAAUUUUUCAUUCUCAAAUUUAACCAAUUUAAAAAGAUUGGAUUUAUCAGCAAAUCUUGUACAAAACUUAGAUAAAAAGUAUUUUCAAAGUAUGAAGAAUUUAGAAAAAUUAAUUCUUAGGCAAAAUCAAAUAAAAUCUAUACCACAAGGAACAUUUCAAAACUUGCUGUCGUUAAAACAACUAGAUUUAUCAGCAAAUCCUUUGAAAUGUGAUUGUGAUCUAAUUUGGAUAUUAGACUGGGCACAAAGGAAUUCUGUGAAAUUAUCACCAGGGCCAAAAUGUCAAAGUCCUUCAGAUUUCAAAAAUAGUUCUUUAAAGAAAUUAAAAGUCGGUAUAGAUAUGCAUUGCGAGACGCCUAUCACUCAGCAAAAUCAUGUUCAAUUGAACCCAAGAUACAAUCAGGUUGUUUUUGAAGGUGAUUCUUUGCAAAUACAUUGUUUAAUAAGCAGUAAAUACAAUACUGAUGAAAAUUUAGAUCAAAACACAAUAUCUCCUUGGAGUUGGACACCGCAUAAUUCAAAACAAUUCUCAAUAGACAUUAAAUAUAACGAUCUUGCGAGUAUGUUUCCAGAUAUAAACAUAAUUAAUAGAUUUGUAUCCGAUGGUGGAAUCAUUGAUUCACGUCUAGAUAUUGAAAACAUUCGUCACAAUCAAUCUGGACAAUUUUCUUGCAAAAUGGUAUCACCCAAAAUGAAUGUCUCCAAAAGUCUUGAUGUAGUUGUUAUUUCGAAUGAAACAAAAUAUUGUCAAACAAACACCACAAAAGAUAAUAAAGGCAUAUAUACUUGGCCUGCUACGGUUGUUGGUAACAACGUAGUUUUAAGAUGCCAAGGACAAAGUAGCGGUCAAGCAUUUGCAACUCAUUAUUGUUCUGUUAAUGGGAAUUGGUCUGGUUUGAACACGAGAGGUUGUCCAUAUGUGAACGAGAUAACAAAGAUACUAGAACAAUUCGCAAAGGUCAACUUAAGUCUGACAAGAAAUACUAUAGUAGAAAGUUCACGAGUCUUAAGGAAUUUAACUUUGGUAUCUGCAGCUAAUAUAACAAAAUAUAAUGAUCAUGAUGUAGUUUUUAUUGUGCAUACCUUUCAUAAUUAUAUUGAAUAUUUGUCCCAAGAAAAGGAAUUAGGACCUAUACUAAUAGAUAUAGCCAGUGAGCUUAUGAAAUUCCCAAAACAUAUUUUAAAUGCAGCUCAAAGACUUAAUAAUUCUUGUACUGAACUUAUUCCUGCAUUUAGUGUACAUUGGAAGCUGUUUACAAUUAUCUGUUUGAUGAUUACCAUUGUAACAUAUAUAAUUUACUUCAAUGCUAUUUUGAUGCCAAGAAAGACAAAACAUUCAUUGAUUAACACUUGGAUUGCUAUGUUGUUACUCUGCUUAUCGUUUACAUUAGGCAUUUUUCAAACCGAGUCAAGAUUAUUAUGCCAGACCGCCGGAAUUAUACAGCACUACUUAUUUUUAUCAUGCCUUUUGUGGAUGUCUGUAACAGUCAGUGAUAUGUAUAAAAGACUUUCUGCUAAGGAUCCUGUUUUAUCAGAUGAUUUAUUACAAUCAGAACCACCAAUCCCUAAACCAAUAGUUGGUUUGUACCUGCUAGGAUGGGGAGUUUCUCUCAUAGUAUGUGGUAUUUCUGGUGCAGUUGCAUCUUUCGAUUAUUGCUUCUUAUCAUCCAAAGCAUCGUUAACUACAGUUUUUGUUCCAAUGUCAGGAAUGAUAUUAUUUAUUAUAUCGAUGUUUUUAAUAGUUUGCUGGGCUAUCAGACGCUAUGAUAUGUUAGGACAUAUGUCGGAAGGAACUCAGGCAACAGAAAACGUUGAUAUAGAAUUGCUCGAACCUCAAACGGUGACAAGUGGUGGUAGACAGAGUGCGCAAAGUAUUUCAACGCCUACAUCGUGCGAAAUGGAAGACCAAGAGAAUUCUCCGAAAAUUCAAUUAAAAGCGCAUCACCUAGUAAUAUACGAUGAGGAUAUAUUCGGCUCGCUGUAUGGUAUUUCAGCAUCAAUAUGUGGAGUUUUCAUAUUGUUUUUCUAUAGUGUUGCGCGUAGCGAUGUUCGCAGCCAAUUGGAGACCAUGAUAUGUUGCCCGAAAGGUCAAAAGCGUUGGUGUCGUUCGAGAACAAUUUCCGACGCCACUUCAAAUAAUAAACCUCAGCAGGUAGAACUAUUAGGCAGUGUCCCUUUACAGCCAAUAUCCAAUCAAGACGCGGCAGCACUUGCUCUAAGUCAAUCUUUACACGCUGUUGUAAUUCAUCGUAAGCACUACAGAUCCACUGAUUCUCCAAUGAGUUUUGCAGAAAAUCAAAAUGGUGCAGAGAUGUUCUACAAUCCCAAUCAGAGCAACGUAGCGCGAAAAUUUUUCAAAAAACAAAAACGCCACAUGAAGCACAAUAACUUAGAAAUCCAUCGACUAACAGAUGGAUCAAAGAGUGAUGGAGGUUCCAUUAUUUUCAAGCCUCGUUCGGCAUUGGAAGCCGGCGUUAUGACUACGAAUAUAUUUGCUACUAGUUCUAAAGUUAAUAAUAUAAACAUUCAUGCCGAACAGAAGCCUUGUAAUAAAGAGGUUCAGAAGCAUUGCAAUAUAUUAUCUGACACAGAGUCAGAUUUCAUAGAAAGAAUAAGUCCUCAUCAUCAGAGGGUACCUUUGGUUAAAAAUGACUUUGCUUCAAUGUCUUCUGAAGAUACAAAAAUUUUGCGGCCAAUAUCCUCCAAAAUCUUAUGUGAAAGUUCUUAUGAUCCGACACCGAGUGUUUAUUCUGAGCUAGAUAGCACUUUAGAAGAAAAGAAAGACUUUAGUAGCAAUCUAGGCCCUUGUCACUCACCAAAGUCUUUUCUAGAUUUUGAUGAACUUAAUCACACUCCAACCAAAAACAAUGAAUUUAUGAGUGUAAAACAAGACCAUAAUAAUAAAUCUGAAAGUCCAAUUUUGUUCCCUUCUAAUAUUGUCAAUUUAUAUGACCAUAAAUCUGACAACGCCGAAUAUUUACGGUCAAGCAGCCCCUUACUAGAAGAUUUCAUAAACUAUCAUCAAGCAGAUGAAUUUGAACCCAAUUUUGAUAGUGACUGCAACUAUGUGCAAUAUCCUACUUCAGAAUUAAGUAUAAAAAGUCACGGCUUAUAUGCCCCUCAACCAGAAAUAGGUGGGAACGAUUUAAAUAUGACUUUGAUAAAUGAAGCUGAUCUAAGAUGCAUCCAAAAUCGCGUCCACGACAACGAUUUUCCUUAUCAGCCAUCAGAAAUAAGUGCUAUAAGUUCUUUAACCAAUGACAACAUACGUUCAGGUAAAACAUAUCAAAACUGUUCCCCAUAUAGACAAUCGUCAGCUAGUUUGAAUAGUGUGAGUGACAUCAUGCAAAGUUCCCAGUAUCAAGAUUAUGCCCAAGUGCAUAGUACCUCUAUCGAUGAUCUUUAUGAACAAAUCAAGUGUAGACCAAGACCAAGAACCAGAUCAUCGGCUUAUUAUGUCAACAGUGAAAAUUUCAAAUCCCCCCAUUCAAGAUCUAUGGAAUGUGAUUUGAAUAGUCAUGAGAGAAAUGACUUUGAUGUGAAGAACGAUAAAUACGAAAGCUAG